AUGACGACGGAGAGUUCGUUUGUACAGCCAGCCAUUCCAAAGUUUGAUGGGUAUUAUGAUCAUUGGGCGAUGCUCAUGGGGAACUUCUUGCAAUCAAAGGAGUAUUGGGGGCUGGUGGAAAAUGGAGUUCCUGCAGCAGCAGAAGGUGCUGUUUUCACUGAUGCACAGAGGAAGCAUAUUGAAGACCAGCAGUUGAAAGAUUUGAAAGCAAAGAACUAUCUCUUUCAGGCUUUAGAUUGUUCCAUCCUAGAGACAAUCCUUAACAAGAAGACUUCGAAGGAUAUCUCGGACUCUAUGAAGCAGAAAUAUCAAGGUACAUCACGAGUAAAGCGUGGAUAUCUAAAAGCUCUUCAAAAGGAGUUGAAAGUUCUUCAUAUGAAGGCGGGAGAAUCUAUGGAUGAGUAUUUUUCUCGCACUCUUACCAUUGCCAACAGGAUGAAAGCAAAUGGUGAGGAUAAGGGAAAUACUGCUAUUGUUAAGAAAAUUUUAAGAUCCAUGACUCCUAAAUUUGAUUAUGUUGUGUGUUCCAUUGAGGAAUCUAAAGAUAUUGAUACUCUAACCAUUGAUGAACUGCAAAGUAGCCUAAUUGUGCAUGAACAAUGCAUGAGUUCCUAUGUUGAGGAAGAAUAG